AAAAUGGAAAGUAACCCUUUUGUCUUGUAACUUCUUUCAUCUUGAAAUACUUUCAGUUCUAAAAUAAUAUAAAAUACAACGAGAUUGUACAUUUCGACUUAUAAAAGAAAAUCCCUUUCAUCUGAUUCAUUCAAGCAGCAUAGAUAAAGCCCCUUUUUUUAUAUUAACAUCAACCAUAAAUGAGUGGACUUACAGCAUUUUUGCAAACUGAGCUUUUAACUUUGUCAAGUGAAGCGAGACGUAAGCAUCCAGAAAUAAAAGAGGCGGCAGAACGCCUGAGUGUUAUUUUGCGAAGCUUUAAGGAAAGACCAGGAUAUAGCAUAGCUAAUGAACUGACAAAAACCGAGGAUGCUUUACGACCCUUUGUAUUGGCGUGUGAAACAAAACAAGUCAAACUUGUCACUAUCGCUAUUGGUUGUAUACAAAAACUUAUAUCAUUUCAUGCCAUACCCGAGACAUCAGUCCGAACAAUUUUGAGAACAUUAACCGAUAUCAGCGUUCACGGCGUAGAAAUUCAACUUAAAAUAUUGCAGACAGUUUUACCCCUAUUAAAUAAUUAUAGAAGCGUACAUGAUGAUAUUUUGGCAGAGGCUCUUCUGAUUUGCUUUCGCUUACAAGAUUCAAAAAUCGUUGUGGUUAACAACACAGCAGCCGCCACUUUACGUCAAUUGGUUAUAUUCGUGUUUGAUAAAGUGGCAAAAGAAGAUACAUUGGGAUUACAGCAAACAGAUGCAGAUCAAGAAGUGGAAAUAAGUACAGGAGAAAAAAUUAAAUUACAUCCUUGUGCAAAAGAUGCCUACUACUUAUUUCAAGAUCUUUGCUUAUUAACAAAUGGCGAUCACCCGGAAUAUCUUCGCUUAAACCAUCUUUCGAAAACGUUCGGAUUAGAACUGAUUGAAAGUGUAUUGACAAAUCAUUAUGCACUUUUUCGCGAGCAUAAUGAAUUAAGUGCCAUUCUCAAAGAGCGUGUUUGCCCAAUGUUUAUUAAAAACUUCUCCGAAAAAAAUGAAUUUUCUCAAACAAUGCGACUGACUAGAGUGGUGUAUAUUUUAAUCAAGCAGUUUAGCGAAAUACUUAUCAUGGAAUGCGAAAUAUUUUUAUCAAUGUUCGUCAAAAUUUUGGAGCCAGAGAACCCGCUUUGGUUAAGAGUAUUGGCAAUGGAAGUAUUUAGAGGUGUCUGUAGUGAUCCAGUCUUGACAAGUUCUAUUUAUAAUUGGUAUGAUCGUCAAGAUAGUGCCACCAAUGUUUUCAGAGAUAUGAUCACUGGAUUUGGUCGCUUAGCAACCGAGAAACCACAAUCAAUUGGAGCGAACCAAGGUAGCAGAGAAAGCGCAGAGUAUAAUUCAGGAAAUAGCACCGGUUAUUCCUCAUAUUCAAAUCAUAACAACUCUUCCACAUCUGAUAGCUUAAGCACUUCAAGUUCGACUAUGCGUAUUCAAUGUAUUGAUCAAUUAGACAAAGCUGAUCCACCACCCAUCCCAGAGACCUAUAUUUUUUAUUUGGCUUUACUUUGUCUGAAUUCAAUUGCAGAUGGAUUAGCUGGAUUUGCAUUACCCAGAUUUUCCCCUGGCUCAAUGAAGCCUACAUCUGAAGAGCAAUCGACCGAACACGAAGCGACGAAGAAAGAUCUUUCAUUAGUCACUGAUAUGGCUAAUGUUGCAUGGCCUGGUCUUCUAGCUGCCAUGUCAUUUUAUUUGACAGCAAAUCUUGAUGAGGAUUUAUUUCAAAGUACAAUGCGAUCUUAUCAAAAUUUUACCAACGUCUGUGGUGUAUUAGAUCUUGUUACCCCCAGAGAUGCAUUUUUGACAAACUUGUGUAGAAAUUCCAUUCCAAUCAUCCCAUUACUAUCUACUGGACACGCAUCAUCAUCUUCAACACCAGCACUCACUAAAACCCCUAGCACUGCUAGUGCCGGUAACAGUAUGUCCUCGUCAGCCAUGAGCACAGCUGUUUCGUUUACCGAUCUGUCUGUACAGCAACAACAAGCACUUUCCAAUAUUACAUUGAACGAGAAAAAUCUGUAUAGUUUAAGGGUGUUACUUAACAUUACAAUGUUUUUAAGCAGCGUGCUUGGUUCUUCUUGGUAUUUGGUCUUAGAAACUCUGCAAUUGGCUGAUUUUUUGCUGUUUAAUCGACCUACACCCAAAGGCUCUUCCAUCGCCGCGGGUAACAAUGCAGGCAAUACUGCAUCGGCAAAUGGCUUGAGACGAACAAUAACUGGCACAUCCGCUUCUUCUGUCAGCAUGAAUCAAUUAAAUUCACUUCCUCAAGCUAAUAACAAUCAGUUGAUGGACGCAGAUCAUCUUACUAUUAUCAGCGCAUCACUCAAUAGACUGUUUGAAAAUAGUAAAUACCUUGAUGAUAGCUCAUUUAUUGCAUUUUCUUCCGCACUAUGCCGUAUGAGCUCGGAAGUUACUGGUACCCCAUUUUUAGAUAGCGAGUCCUUAUCGACAAGCAAAUCUUCUAGAGCCAAAAUUUUUAAUACAAGAUCCUUUGCAGUCGAAAAAUUAGAAUAUAUCUCAACAUUAGAUAUGGGAAGACUUAUCAACACUGCCAAAAAAUCAUCUUCUCAAAUUUGGGAGCUGAUCAUGACUCAUUUAAUAGCCACAGCUAAUUAUCCAUUAACACCUGCACCUAUUCGUACCCAAUGCUGCGAUGCUGUUUCAGACAUUAUUUUAACCGCAAUGAAUUACGUGCUAUCAGAAUAUAAACAAGUCAAUGAAGAUACUCAGAAUCGUCUUUUAUUAGCACUGAAUCAAUGUAUCAAUUAUACACCUCCAACCAACGAGGAGGCACUUAUUCAAGAAACUUUGUCUAAUAACCCAAAAGCGUUUAGCGAAGUUCAAAAAAUGGGAUUAGAGACAUUAAAUAAUCUGCUGCAAACAUCUGGCCAUUCAUUUACUUGUGGUUGGGGUCUUAUUUUUGACAUGCUACGUCAUGUUGCGGUUUGUGCCAUUGGUCCUCCUCCAGCUGACACAACUUAUGCCAGUGACGACGAUGAAGGGGAUGAGACUACAGUUGUAGAUAAACAAGGCAAUAACGAAAGAACUAGUGUCGAUACGACAGCAUCCUCGAUCAUGGCAGGUAGUAUAAUGGCAACUGCCGGGCCAAAAUCAGCAACCGGAUUAAUUAAGGUGGCCUUUUCAAGUCUUCAAUUAAUUUGCACUGAUUUUCUUUCGUUACUUUCGCCCGAUUGUCUCCGUCAAUGUAUUGCUACUCUGGGUUCUUUUGGCAUGCAAAGUGACGAUUUAAAUAUCAGUUUGACAGCAGUGGGAUUAUUGUGGAAUCUAUCCGAUUUUAUUCAGACUAGACGAAUUGAUCUUGCGGCAAAGCAAAAUGUUACUGCCACCACUAUUGUCAACGAGAAGAUUGACAAGGAGAGUAUGAAUAUUGACUCGACUUUAGGUAAUAAAGACGACGGUAAUCCUAAAACUUAUAGCAUACUAUGGAUGUUGCUGUUGCUACAAUUAUCACAUACAUGUAUCGAUUGGAGACCAGAGGUGCGUAACGGGGCUAAUCAAACGUUGUUCAGAACAAUCACCAUGAAUGGACAUGUACUGGGACCACAUUUAUGGAACGCGUGUAUCUGGGAAGUUUUAUUUCCUCUUUUGGAUUCUAUUAAGAUGUCAUCGAUUAGAGCCAGUAAAAUAUCGCUCAGCAGUAAAACUUCAUCUCCUACUGCUAAUGAUCGAGAUUUGUCGGGAUUUAUGCUUCAUCAUUCAAGAGAUACAGCUGAUAAACAAUGGGACGAAACCAAAGUGCUGAUUUUGACUGGUAUAUCCAGUAUUUUCCAAGAUUUUCUUGGUGAUCUCUAUCAACUAGAAUAUUUCGAGCGAGCAUUCACUCUCCUAUUGGCACAUUUGGAAGAUUCAUGUCUUCGGUCAAGUCAAGAGGUUUCCUUAGCCAGUAUCAAAAGUUUUAAAACCAUUGUGACAAUUUCGCCUGAUUUUAAGGAUCCUAUGACCAUGACAGAGCUGUGGCGUAGAGCAUGGAAUACUUGGGAAGUGAUUGGAUAUGGCAUCAGUCAGUCAAUGAAUGCAGUUGAUUUAGCUGAAAGAAAGAAAAACUCACCAUUACUCCAUGACGUAGCGGAACUUCAAUCACUUACAUUAUCUUUAUCUUCAUCCAGCGUAGCCCCCAUUUCUGAUGAUUUUACUCAAGAUACCUUAACAUCCUUUGUCACCAUGUUUGUUGAUCUUUAUGCUUUAAUUUCUAGUGACUUCACAUUAGAUGAUGUCAGCUCAUUAUUGAGUGUGCUUCGUAAUGUACUUGUUUAUUCAACAAGUCCUCAAUAUCGUCCGGAUGUUGAUAAUCUUUCUCCUUUACAAGAAGCUGUUUUGGAAUCUGUGCAAAUCUUGGAUAUGAAUACUGCCGGUGUACCUCCUUUAGUACUUGCUGAUCUUGCAGAGUACAUGACACUUGCAUUUCUCAGCCCUCCCGAAGACGGUCAAAACAAGAAUCGUGGUUACAUCCCCCCAAGUCAGCGUAAAUUCUCCACAGUCACCUAUAUUGCCCUGAACAAAAAAUGCAGCACCUUGGUCGCAAAUCUAUUUAAAUCUCAUGCAACCGUCUUGUCUCUUUAUACAGAGGGCGUUUUUGAACGCAUGAUUGGUGCCUAUGGUUUACCCAUGAAAUUGAAAUACGAUUGUCCUCCUUCUUAUAAGCACGGUGAUGACAAAACUCCUUUAUGGAAGCUCGCUACAACUGGUCUUUUAGAAAUUUUAAAAACUGGUCUAGAAACCCUUGAAAACUUCGGAGAUGAGGUACCUGCCGAAAGGUUCAUCGGAGUAUGGCGUACACUUGUAGAUAUUUUAGAAGGAAGUCUUUUAUCGCCUAGUUCACCCCCUGAAAGUAUGAAGAUAGAAGAGCUGGACAUCGACGAGCAUUUCGAUAUCUCGGUUUUAAAUGCGAUCCAAAACGAUAUAGUAGUUCACUUAGGACAACCCAGAGUACCUAUCGAGGUCAUCGAAAAAUUGGUAAAUGUGAUUAGGGAAAGUUCCAGACUCUAUUACGUGGAAGAUGUUAUGACAGAAAAACCCCAUGAGGAGAAUGGCGGGUCAAACAAAUCAUCUCUUUUAGCCAAUGAUAGAUCCAGCGACAUUGUGGGCACUACGGGUACUAUUGUGCCCGUUAUGAAAGAAUCAUUUGCAUAUGCUUCACUGAUGACCCUAUUUACAUUAUGUUCUGCUGAAAAACAAGACAAUCCUGAAGUUCGUAAACGCAUUGCCAAAGUUGCUAUCCCCGUGUUACUCGAAAGGUGUGAGAUUAUCCUGAAAAAUUAUACGGCAGACGAACCUUUACUAGGAAGAUGUCCGUUUCCAAGAGUUCGUAAAGAAGAAAUGCUAUUCUUCCUUAGACAAUCAAUCCGGUUGAGAUUACAAGAAAAUAUUCUAACAACAACAAGAACCGAUGAUAAUAACCAAAAUACUGUGAAACAAUUGCUUUUGUCUGGACCAAGAGCUCAUCUCUUUUAUUUGUAUCCUUCCUUGUGUAGUAUGAUAACCUGCGAAGACGAUGUUGUGGUUGAUUUGAUUAAAGAAUGUUUGCAGGUUGUUGGCUUAGAAAUGGGAUUGGCUCCUGUAUAACAUAAUAUAACACUAUUAAAAUACUUUACUAAUACUUAUUAUGACAUUCGUUCCACCUUUUUUUUUUUUGGUACAUUUAUAAGAGCUAAUAACUUAAUAAUAAAAAUAUUUAUAAUCAUCACAGGAA